CUUGUGAGACGCCACAUUAUUUUGACAUAAUAUUCUGUCUAUGAGUUGUAUUACAUCAAGAAUCAACAAUGGCCAGAGAUGUAGGUGAUGCUUCAGAACAUAAUUGUAUACAUUUAACAGUGCAUGAUAUGAUAGAAAACACUAAUAUGGCGUUUAAAUUAAAAAAACGAACACUGUUCAGUAAGGUAAUGACGGCGUUCAUCCAAAGAACUGAUAUGGUGAGGACUACACUAAUAUUUCAAUAUCAUUUUCAUAUCAUUAGAGAAUCAGAUACUCCGUCGUCACUAGGGAUAGUGAAUGGAGAUAUCAUAAAUGCGUAUUAUUCACCACCACCAGAACGAUCAGUGUAUCAAUGUAUCAACAAUAUAAAAUAUGAAGAAUGAACUACACCAACCAGAUAAAAUAAAUAUGAGUUAUAGAACAGAUUAAAUGAAUACUUUAUACUAUGUAAACCAGUGUUUCUUAAAUUCUUAAACACUUCUUAACGGAACACCAUACAGUAAGAUUUUUUUAUGCAGAAACCCUGUGAAAAUUAUCUUAAGGUACUCAAAACAUGGCUAUAAACUGCAUCUAAAUUAUAAACUAAUAUACUAAAUACUGCAAAAUGCCAUACUGUAAUUAUUGACUAUUAUGUUGUAUUAAAAUAUAAUAAUAUAGAUUUUUUCAAAGUAAUUUUUUUUAAUAUUUUGGAAAAUCAUUUGAGUUUUACGGGAGCCUUAAGUGAUCUCCGUGGAACACCUUUUAAGAAACACUGAUGUAAACAAUUUAUUCAUACUAUUUUUAUUUUCAUAUUUUCUUUACCUACAUUUUUUAAUUUAUUGUUCAACUUAUAUACAUUAGUUCUUUGUUCAAUAAUGUCAAUUGUUUAUCUAUUUUUAGUGAAAACUUAAAUAUGUUAAAUAUUUGUUUUGUAGUUACUCUAAAAAUGAAUUUAUACAAAUUACACUCAGUAUUAUUCAAAUAAUUAGAUAUCUGUUCAUAUAAAUGUAUUUAAUAUAAUUAAUAACUUUCUAUGAUAA